AUGCCGCCCCUCCAGUUCUGGAAACCUGGAACGGUUGCACCCGGUAGUAGCCUUGAUCGCGAGACUGAGGCUGAGGGUGCGCUCGCAAUCUCCUCGGCGCGCGCGGGCAACCUGAGCCUCGAAGGCGCCCGCCAGCGUCUCCCGAUCUACAAGCACCGCAGCAACUUGUUGUGGUGUAUCGAACGGUAUGCUGUGACAAUUGUGGUCGGCCAGGCGGGCAGUGGCAAGUCGACGCAAAUACCCCAAUACCUCCACGAGGCGGGGUGGACCGCAGGCGGGCGGGUGGUAGGGUGCACGCAGCCUCGACGCGUAGCAGCGACUUCAGUGGCAACACGCGUAGCAGAGGAAGUGGGGACCGUGUUGGGCGACGAAGUGGGGUACUCGAUCCGCUUUGAGGACCUGUCCAACCCAGAGCGCACGCGCAUCAAGUACCUCACGGACGGGAUGCUGUUCCGCGAGUGUAUGGUCGACCCAUUGCUGAGCAAGUACAGCGUCAUCAUGAUCGACGAGGCGCACGAGCGCGGAGCGUACACCGACCUCCUUAUGGGGCUACUCAAGAAGAUCAUGAAGAAGCGCCCGGAACUACGCGUGGUCGUGUCCUCUGCGACCAUCGAUGCCGAGGACUUUCUCGAAUAUUUCAACACGAACGCGGACGGGCCCGACAAGUCGAACGACGACGCGAUCAUCGUCAGCAUUGAGGGGCGCAUGUUCCCCGUCGAGGUCGCAUACUUGAAAGAGCCUAUUGUCGACUACGUCCAGGCAGCCGUCGACACCGUUUUCAACAUCCACCUGAAGGAACCAGCAGGUGACGUGCUCGUCUUCCUCACAGGGCGAGAAGAAAUCGACAAUGCGGUCCAACAGGUGGCGGACAGGUUACAGAGCCUUCCUCGCGCUGCGCCCAGGAUCCUUGCACUGCCGCUGUACGCCACUCUUCCCCCAGAAGAGCAGGACAUUAUCUUCGACCCGCCACCACGAGACACGCGCAAGGUCAUCUUCGCGACCAACAUCGCCGAGGCCAGUGUGACGAUUGACGGGAUCAAGUAUGUUGUCGACACAGGCUUUGUCAAGCGUGCAGGUCGAGCGGGUCGAACGUCAGCUGGCAAGUGCUACCGCCUGUAUCCCUCCGGCGUCCUGCCAUCCAACAACCCGCUAUCCCCUAUGCCAAUAACCACACCGCCAGAGCUCGUCCGCUCUGACGUGAGCAUGUACCUACUCCAACUUAAAGCGUUAGGCAUCGACAACCUCGCCAAGUUCGACUUCAUGAGUCCGCCGCCUAGCGACAUGAUGGUGCGCUCCCUUGAGUUCCUUUACUCGCUCAAGGCGCUCGACGAGGAGGGAAGGUUGACGCGGCCACUGGGCGAACGCAUGGCCGAGCUCCCAUUAGACCCGAUGAUGGCUGCUAUCCUCCUCAACUCGUUCACGUUCAAGUGUAGUGAAGAAAUCUUGACAAUCGCGGCCAUGACACAGGUGCAGAGUGUCUUCGUCAUCCCGCAGGGCGGGAUGCGCGCGACCAUGGCCGAAAUGGAGCGCCGCAAGUUCACCGCCGAGGAAGGCGACCACCUGACGCUCCUCAAUGCGUACAAUGCCUUCGUGCGCUACGGGCAGAAAGACAAGUCGUGGUGCGGUAAUCACCGCAUCAACUUCAAGUCGCUGUCGCGCGCCGUGGCGAUCCGGAAACAGCUCAAGAAGUUCUUCGAUCGCUUCCACAUCCCCCUCGUGAGCUGUGGCAGCGACCAUGUCACGCUGCGCAAGUGCCUGGUGUCGGGGUACUUCAAGAACGCUGCCCGCAUGUUGCCCGACGGCACGUUCCGGAGCGCGCGUGAAGGAGCUAUCCUCCACGUCCACCCGUCCUCGGUCAUGUUUACGCGCCAGCCCUCGACGGGCUGGGUCAUCUUCCACGAGGUCAUCGAGACGACCAAGAGCUUUAUGCGUGACCUUACCGUUGUCGAGGAGGACUGGCUCGUCGAGCUUGCGCAAGUUGCUCUCCGCUAUCUAACUGACGCCAGACCUCAUUACUACCAGUUCAAGGGCGGCGGCAUCAAGCAGCAUUAA